AUGUUCAGCAAACAUUAUGAAACGAGGCUGGUGCAGCAAUGCAGCCCUCUAAGCAAGAAACAGUGCCUAAGGUUUCCAGCAACACAUACAAAUGGAGAUAGAUUUACGCCGUGUCGUGCAGGGAACAACUGGCAGACAGCAUUUCAAGCUAUACACAGAGGCACAGAAAAUCAACCGACCAAGAAAGCCAGGGGCGAUGGCGGAGGCGACAAUAGCAGUGGAGGCCGUGACCAACAUGCAUAUAACUGCCUCCUUCAAAAUGAACUACUUGGGGCUAGAAUCGAGGAAGUUCGAGGCCCGGCAGCUACUUGUGCAGAUGGGAGCAAAGCCAGUUUGGGAGCUGCACAAAAUCCGAGGUCGUCGCCGGCGUAUCUCCCAGUCUAUAGAUUCAACGCUCAGAGUCAAAGUGCUGUGGAAAACAUAGACCCAUCGCCGUACAGCCUGUCACCGAUAUCAGCGAAGUCUGAAAAAUUACUCCGCUCCCCGAGAAAAGCCACACGGAAGAUAUCUAGAAUUCCUUUUAAGGUGCUUGACGCACCCGAACUGCAGGAUGAUUUCUAUCUGAACUUGGUGGACUGGUCAGCUCAAAAUGUUCUCAGUGUGGGAUUGGGUAGUUGCGUUUAUUUAUGGAGCGCUUGUACUAGUCAGGUGACACGGCUGUGUGACCUGUCGUCAGAAGGCAACGCUGUCACUUCUGUGGCGUGGAGCGAGCGGGGUCAUCUGGUAGCUGUGGGCACACAGAAGGGACACAUUAGUGUUUGGGACGUUGCUGUAAAUAAGGAGCUGACGAAACUACAAGGUCACAUUGCCCGAGUGGGCGCGCUGGCGUGGAACGGCGAUAUACUCAGCUCAGGGUCCAGAGACAGACAUAUACGACAAAGAGACACUAGAACACCCCCGUCACAAGCGUCACGCAUAUUACAGGGGCAUAGACAAGAGGUUUGCGGUCUGAAAUGGUCGCCCGACGGUCAGUCACUGGCUUCCGGCGGCAACGAUAACAAACUCUUUGUGUGGUCUAUGCACUCGACUUCCCCGGUACAGACGUACGGUGCUCACGUAGCGGCGGUUAAAGCCAUCGCGUGGUCGCCGCACCAGCACGGCCUGCUCGCCUCGGGCGGAGGGACCGCAGACAGGUGCAUUCGCUUCUGGAACACGCUCACCUCGCAGCCGAUGCAGUGUGUUGACACAGGAUCACAAGUGUGCAACUUAGCGUGGUCGAAGCACUCGAGCGAGCUGGUGUCUACGCACGGGUAUUCACAGAACCAAAUAUUGGUGUGGAAGUAUCCUUCGCUCACGCAGGUCGCGAAGCUAACAGGCCACUCGUACCGCGUGCUGUACCUGGCGCUGUCGCCCGACGGCGAGGCCAUCGUGACGGGCGCGGGCGACGAGACCCUACGCUUCUGGAACGUCUUCUCAAAAACACCCUCACACAAAGAAAACAAGAGUGUUCUCAACUUAUACACCGCACUCAGAUAG